AUGAAAACGGUUGAAAUCAAAAUAUUCGACCAAUCCUGCAAGUAUUACAAUGUCUCGACGCCGGCAUCAAGUUCAAAGACUGAGGUAGAUGAGCGCUUUCUCAACAAGAGCCAGUUCAGCACAGCCAAUGCCCAUGAAUUUGAUGGUGGUCAAACAAUCAGACAAGUCGACUACUUCAUCAAGCGACGGGAAUUUCCCACGUCCGAUCGACACCAUUGGCGUGAUGUACUGGUGGUCGGAGAGUUUACAAAAUCCAAAACAAACGUGUUCAUGGACAAGUUUCUCCAGCUUUCGGUACUGAUGUGCGAGCUCUUUUUUGCCCAGCCCCUUCUACGGUUCACCCAUGCAUUCCAGCUUUUCGAUAAGUCACUUCUGCUCUGGGUCUACGAUCGUUCAGGCCCAUACUGCGGCUCGUACAUUGACAUCGGCAAAUCGCCGCAGACGCUCGUCUAUGUGAUGGCGGCGUACAUGUCGAUGAGCGACGCCGAACUUGGUCUGGACCCAAACAUCAAAUACGAGGCUCAUCAGAUCUGUGUCACGUUGGAUGUUCCUGGCACGGAGGAGGAGCGAGAAUUCAAGCUUUCGCCCAAGCCAGUUGCGCAAAAAACUUCACUUGUCUCGAGGGGAACCAGCUGCUACCACACCUUGGAAGGGGACUGUGCAGUGAAGUUCGCUUGGCUGGCAAAGCUUGCUGGCUCGCGGGACUUUGUGAAGAUUAGCGAUCUUCGAAAGGGACUGAUAUUCACCAACAAGAUGGUGAAAAAUACGCUUCCGGACGACACGACCAUGGCCACACCGCUCGCACUUACUGAUGGCAUCAUGUUAUGUGAAAGUAAGAGCACAAGUGUAGCUGGGUCACGAAAAAGUAAGAGUGCAACAAGAGAUUCAGGAACUGAGACAGGUCGGUCAAGUAAGAGAUUAAAGACUUCGUAUGGAUCAUCUUACGCGAGAAACACCGGUAUUGAGGAAAUAUCAAACGUGUCAUUGAAUGCAAUCAUCGAAGAAGAUGAAACAAUUGUCCCAGUAGCAUGGAUCCAGGACAAGACUGAAGGCAUCAACGAUGCAAACAUAGAGUCUGCUGGGGAGAAACGGAAGAGCACAGAGAACGAUGAAGUCAGCGGACGGAUCAAGAGAUUGCACCUUUCAACUGCAGUGGAAGAUGCGUCAACUGAUGAUAAUUCUAGAAGAGGUACGGUUACUGGUCAGGAGGAAAACGCCAGCGAUGCAACUUUCAUAGCUGGAGAAGGACAUGUCGAGGCUGAAGCCAACAAUGUGGAAGCCUAUUGUGAAGUUGAGGUUAAGUUUGCAGAGAUUCGGGAUCGUCACUCCUCGGCUAUGGCGAUAACACCUUUUGGAAGAUCGCUUCACGAGGUCGAAUCACCACUUGAACUGGCUACUGUUCUACGUAACGCGAUCAAAGCGCACUGGUCAUUAAUGACAGACGCAAAGAUAUUGCACCGUGACAUCUCAGCAAACAACAUCAUCAUGACUGGAUCUGUAUCUUGUAAGGACUGGAAAGGAUUUGUCAUUGACCUGUACCUGGUCGUCUUGCUUACGGAUGGCAAAUCUCAAGAGAAAAGACAGGCCAUGACCGGGACGAUGGAGUUCAUGGCGCUGGAGUUUAUGGCGCUGGAGGUCUUGAGUGGCAUUUGCCAAACAACGGGCGCGGUUGUGGAGCAUUCGUACAGACAUGACCUCGAAUCAUUCUUUUAUGUCCUCCUCUGGCAAUGCUUAAGCUGUGGAUGGGAUGAAGGAGUAAAUCCGAACAAAUAA